AAAUAGUAGGUAGUAUUAUAACUGUGCUAGGUAACUACAUGAAAUUAUGUUAUUUCUAUAGAAAUACCUAUUUGUUAGAUAGAAAGAAAAUAACUUUGUUCUUUUCUUUUGGAAAACAAUACAGUACCAAAUAAUCAUUCAAUGUUAUAAAUGUACAUGAGUUAUAAUAUAUCUUGCAACAGUAAUGCGGACAUAACUCCAAAAAUCUGUUGGACGAAACCGAUACAGCGUAUUUUAUAUAAACAAUUGAGAACAAUGAGUGUGCAAAUAGCAAGACAUCCACGAAAUUGCGUCCGACUUCUGUGCUCCGUAAAGACAUGCAAGAACACUGUACCAAGUUUGCUAUAUUAUGCUACCACAAUCGAUCCUUUUGAUAUUAUUACACAAGAAUUAUUACAAAGGCACCAAUCAAGAAUAAAAGUCUAUGCUUUUGAUAUCAAUAAACUAAAAAUAAGGCAUUUCACGGAAACUGAAUCCAAUUAUUAUGAUGUUUCUAAAAUGAGCAAUGAAGAUUUGGAUAAAAUAUUAUUAGAAUUACAUGCAAAAAGUAAAGACAAAUACAUAGAACAAGUUAUAACAGAUUGUCGAAAUGUCAAAAGGUUUAUUGUGGAAAGUACUUUAAAGCGACUCUUCAGACAUUACAGUAAUGUUGGUAAACCUGACAUGGUAGUAGUGCUGCAGAAAUAUUGUGCAAAAGUUGAUCCAAAUUUAUUCAAAAGAAAUGGAGAAUUUCUACACUACUCAGCAAAAGCACAAUGCAUGAAGGGUAAUUCGGAAAAAGGCUUAGAAAUAUUAAAACAGUGUUAUAGGAAGAAUGAAAAUUUUAGAUCACUUUACAGGAUCAUAUUUAGGGAAUUAAUUCAAGACUCUGUGUUGAAUAAAUCGGAAGCUACUCUAGUCAUUUUUAAGAAGUAUGUUUUAGAAUUCAGUCAGGAUUGGGAGGAGCAUUAUCCAUUGAUUUGUUUCUGGCACAUAUGUUGGUCAAGCUCAUGGUUUUCUGAUCAAAUGUUGGCCAAUGAGUUGCUUGAUAGCUCUGAAAUUCUCCAAAAUAUUGUUAGGGAUAAAGCUACGGCUUUCAGUAUAACAGUUCUCAGAGAUUAUAACGAGGAUGCUGUUACCAGACUGUUACAAGGGCUUCUCAAGUACAAGAUGAUGAUAGAAUAUGCCAAAGUUCUGCAAGUCCUUUUUAAUUAUAAAUUGAGAAACCGGGACCUACGCGGUUGUACGGAGAUCCUCAAGAACUGCGGAGACCUAGGCGUGACUCUGCCAUCAGACCAACAAGGAAAAUACAUAAAAAUGCUUAUCUCAGGUCAACAAACCGAAACUAAACCUACUGUACCCAAACCCACUUUUAAAUAUUUCAAACUCAAGUUUUAAUAGUGUUAUUUUUUCCAAAGUAAGUUAAAGACUAUGGGAAACUAACUCAACGAUUAUUAAUCUUGUAAAUAACAUAUAUAUUUAUGUAUAUAUUAUAUAUGUAAACCUAGGUCUAGGUCAAUCUGAAAAAGAUGAUGGUCGUUGUUAUUACUCUCUAACUGGUCCUAACUAGAUAGACUGAUAUGAUAAGGACACAGCAAAAUUCUAGUCUAAAGUCUAAAGCAUGCACAAGAUCGUGUUGCCUGGAGUACCAUAGUCAAGAGAGCCACAUGCAGUUACUGGUGGUCACGGCCCUCAGCCAUGAGGAUACGACUAUAAAAUUGUUAUAUUACUCUACCUCUCUAAGACGAACCUGAAAUGUGAAUCAUGUCAAUCAUACAUAAUGUGAAUAUAAAAAAUAUAUUUUUUUGAAAGGUGAACUUGUAAAAGGUAGUUACGUAGAUUUGUUAAGUUUUAAACAUAUAUUAAAAAAAAUAUUACAA